UUUCUUCAGUCAUAUGAUGGAGUAGAAGACUGUUUUCGCAAUGUUGACGUUGGGUUCGACAUAGUUUUCGUCGGUGCACGUACGUUUGUCAUAUUGUGCUAAUCGUAAUUUCGUCUGUUUCAGGUAAUGGAACCUUUUGUUUGUUUCAGCCUAUCAAACCUCUUGUCUGUUUCAGCCAAUCAAACCUUCUGUCUGUUUCAGCCAUCCAGUCCGUUUUCUGUUUCACCUAAUCAAACCAUUUUUCUGUUCCAGGCAAUCAAACUUUAUGUCUGUUUCAACCAACCAAUCCUAGUGUGUUUUAACUAACUAAACCUAUUAUCUGUUUCAGUGAACCAAAUAUUUUGUCUCUUUCAGAUAAUCAAAUCUUUUGCCUGUUUCCGCUAAUCCAACCUUUUGUUUGUUUCAGCUAACCAAACCUUUUUUUUAUGUUCGAGGCAACUAAACAUUUUGUCUGUUUCAGCUAACCAAUUAAUUGAGUAUUAUUGUGUCAGAAUGACGCGAUUGCUUAAUUCGUUGCGUACGGAGAAGCGCUUGUACAUACAAUGAAAAACAAUGAAAAUUUCGCAGUCAAUUUUCCUCUUAAUUAUUCUUGCUGCAUCAUCAUUUGUUAAUAUAUUUGUGAUUUAUGUCGUUACGACCACUACAGCGGCACUUCGCCAUGGUAACCACGUUCUGUAUUAUCUACUGAGCUACAGUCUGCUACAGUGAGGCCAGAAAUUAGUUGGAAAAAUUUAUGUCCUGUUGUUGAACGCUACAACAUCGUGUUAUACCAGAGAGAAACUUUUCGCACGCAUUGCCUGCAGCAAACUUCAACUUGUAGCAGAAGUAAACAAAUCCUGAUUAACCGUCUUCACGAUAUAACACCGUGCAUGAAACUGAUUGAAGGAUGGAUAUAUCACCGAAUAGGCCUUCGAAAAUUUAUCUUGUAAAAGACAAGUCAGUGGAUUUGGACUACAUAGUUGAAGAUUCACAGCCAGGAAAUUAUUUGAACUCUGAUCAAGGGUGCAGUCAAGAAAGCACAAAUCAAAAUUCUACUACUCAUGUAUCUAGUGAGUUUGAAGAAAACCUCAACUGUUUCAAGAAAACUCAUAAGCAAUUUUAUUCAAAUAAUAAUGAAGACAACCAGUCUCUGAAAUCUGAACGAAAUGAAUCGAAAGCUUACAAGAGAGACAGAAAACAAGAUUAUCAACAGUUCACAGUCAACACAGAUCUUAUCGAUGAGUCAGAUACCUCAACAGAUUCAUCGAACGAUGAGAUAUUUCCAACACACAAUCUAUGUAAAAGUAAUUUCACAUCACUCAAAGUUGUGAAUGCCAAAGAAAAUACUAGAAUAAAAUUAAUGCCAAAAAAGGAAGUAAACAGUACAUGUGAUUCUAUUUGUAGUGGUAGCAACCACAAAUUUGGCAACAAUGAAAAUGUUGAAGAUGAAAGCGUGAAGUCUGAAAUUGAAAACAUGACAGAUGAUUCAAAUCAGGUACCUUCCGUAUCUCUGAUGUGUAAAAGAGUGUUCAUAGGAUCUUAUCAUUACGGUCCCAAUGAAACAGUAAUUAUAUCGCAAAAAGGGAUGGAAAUGCGAGUUCCACUUCCCAAUGACAGUACGACCAUUAUUAUGCUAAAUAUUAAAUUCGAAUAUCUUUUAAAAGUACUUUUCUAUUCUGGUGAAACUAUACCGUCUCUGAUUUUUUGGGCUUCGUCAAAAGCAGGGCCUAUUGUUCGUGAAGAGUUGGGGAUGAAAGAUCCAAAAGGUCCUUAUUACAAUUCAGUUGCCAAAGGUAGAUUUUUUCCAUCUCUGAUAAUGAAAGUGUGUACCACUGUCUCAUUGUUAAUACUGACUGGUAGAAUUCUUUUUAUUGUGCCAGAUGACAGAUGUCGACGGAUAAUACUCCUACUUCAAAAAGUAACCAAGGAAACAAAAUUGAUAUUGGAGUCCUUAUUUACACCAAAUAAUGCCUUACUUGUGUUGAAUUUUUCGGAUACCAAAACCAUUCUUGGAUAUGCAUUACCUGCAAAGAUUUGGAAACCGAUAAAAAAAUCACUGCAAACGACCAAAAAGUAUGCAUCAAGAGUCAAAAAUUCUGUGACCAGUAAACUGCAAUCAUCCUUCAAAGAGUCGCAAAAUCAUAUAACAUUGUCUCUACAGACACCAUCAUCAGUUGAGAAAUCAAUAGCUAAUAAGAUUAAAACACCUAAACAACUUCCAAGUUAUGCAAAUGAAUCUGUGGCGAAAAUAUCAGCAAUCGCAAAUUCCAAUAACGAAGAUUCUGAGAAUGACGAUUCUGCACAUAGAUCUAUACAAACAAUAUUAAUUUACCCUCCCGCACCAGCCAGAGAUGCGAUUACAAUAAAUGACCGAGAUUGUGCUUGCCUUGGGAAAGAUAAAUUUCUAAAUGACGUUAUCAUUGACUUCUAUCUGAAAUACCUCUCUCUGGAGGUUUUGUUAAAGGAGGAUCAGAAGAGAACUUACGUGUUUUCUUCCCAUUUCUAUAAAAGAUUGACACAUUCGCACGUGUCAGAUGCAAACAAUCGACUUCUCCGAGCUACUAAACGACAUUCCGGCGUUCAAAAGUGGACGAAAGAUGUGAAUAUAUUUGAAAAAGACUUUAUCAUUAUUCCAAUUAAUGAACGCUCACAUUGGAUUGUGGCCAUAAUCUGCUUUCCUGGCCUUGCUGGCGAGGUGGAUGUUCAUCGAUCAGCAGCAGAUGAUGGUAUGGUGGAAACAAGAAGCUCUAAAACUGAAAUUCCAAUGACAAGGAAGUUACAAAGUGCUCGUAAAUCAACGCAAGAAGUCUGGAAACUGCCUUGCAUAUUGAUUUUUGAUUCGUUGCACGGAUUCGGAGGAUACACCAAAGUUUUAUUAGCACUGCAAGAAUACUUGAGUUGUGAAUACUUGGCUAAAACUGGUAUAAAAGAUACUUUCUUCCUAAACAUGACAAAUGCAGUGUGUCCUGAAGUUCCACAGCAGUCUAAUUCCAGUGAUUGUGGUAUCUAUCUGCUGCACUAUGUUGAACGCUUCUUUCAAGACCCCAUCAAGGACUACAACUUACCGAUAAAAGGGCUGAAAGAGUGGUUUGACAAAAGUGCUAUUGUUCAUAAAAGAAAAGAAAUUUAUGAUUUAAUAAUGAGUCGAAGGUAGCGUAUAUCUGUUUUAAUUCCCAUAUUGUUCCCAAUACAAGUCAACGGUUUUUUGUUGCUAACAUGAUCCCUGAAAAUCAUCCUCGACUCAUAUGUGGGGUCUACUUAUAUUCAGGAUUUUCAGGAAAUUUACCUUACAGACUAAAAUUGUCUCUUAUGAAUAGUUCAAUCGUCAAAUUAGAUCAAUGAAAUUCACGCUGCGAUAUUUUAAUCCACCUAAGUUCUAUUGAUAAAUACGCCUACUUACAAAAAUUGCAACUUAUCAGUUAGUAUGUAAAUAUAAUUUUGUAAUAUCAAAUUUGUCAUAAAAGGCGACUUACGUUCAUUACCUAAAAAAAAAAACGCCUGAAAUGCAAACUGAAGACUAGAGGUCUUACUCACUACAAUUUU